AUGAAGGAGUUGAACAGAGAUAUGGCUAGAUUCUGCACAGACAACCAGUGUGUCACCCUACAUCCCCAAGGACUGGCUCCCAUGGGGUCCAGGACACUGCGGCACAUCCAGGCCAUCACAGCAUUAGUGGUGGUGACUGUGUUCAUCUCUCUCUUUGCUCUUUUUGUGGCGGUUUUACAGCCUUGGAGACGUGAGCAGAAUGAAGAUCCUUUCUUCAGAGCCCAGCUUCUGGGAAGCAAUGACUCUGGAUAUGACAAUCAUUCCCAAUUUGUUAUGGAGACAGAAAUGCAAGAGGCUAUCCAGAGGCUUAGGGACUAUGAGGAGAAUUCUAGUAGCUGUCACAAGGAGAUACAGAUACUGAAGUACCGAAUGGACAGUGUUGAUUCUCAGGUGCAGUUGCUUGGCAGCCAUCUGGAGGAUGCCAGUGCUGACAUCCAGCAGACAAAAGAUGUGCUGAAUGGCUCUGGAGCCUUGGCUUUGGAGACCCAGGCACUGAGAAACUCCUUGGAAGUAGCCAGUGCUGAUAUCCAUAGUCUGAGAGGAGAUUUGGAAAAGGCAAAUGCUAUGACUUCCCAGACCCAAGGUCUCUUAAAGAGCAGCACAGAAAGCAUGGGUACCAAGCUCCACGUGCUGGGCAGAGGCCUGGAGGAAGCCCAGUCUGAGAUCGGGGCACUGAGGGUAAGUCUGCAGAGUUCAAGUGACCUCAGCUCCCAGAGCCAGAACUUUCUCCAGCACAGCAUGGGCAACAUUAGUGCUGAGAUCCAGGCCAUGAGAGACAGUGUGGAAAGAGCUGGUGAUGAAAUGAACUCAUUAAAGAGAGAUCUGGAAACACUCACCACUCAGACUCAAAAGGCAAAUGGCCACCUGGACCGGACAGAUGCCCAGAUCCAGGGGUUAAAGGCUGAGCUGAAAAGCACCAGUUCCUUGAACUCCCAGAUUGAGGUGAUCAGUGGCCAAGUGAAGGAUGCCAGCAGAGAGUUACAGACCUUGAGAAGGGGCCUGAGUGAUGUCUCAGCUUUGAAGUCCAACAUCCAGAUGCUACAGAACAAUCUUCAGAAGGCCAAGGAAGAGAUGCAGAGUUUGAAAACAGAUCUGCAGGCUACCAAAGCUCUCAUUACCAAGAUUCAGGGGGAACAGAGUCUCCUGAGGGCCCUGCAGGAAGAUGUGGCUGCACAGAAGCGGGAGCAGAAGACUCAGAAUCAGGUUCUCCAGCUGAUCAUGCAGAACUGGAAGUACUUCAAUGGAAACUUUUAUUACUUUUCUCAUGGCAAGAAGUCCUGGCAUGAGGCCGAGAAGAACUGUGUGUCACAGGGAGCGCACCUGGCUUCGGUGACAUCUCAGGAGGAGAAGGCAUUCCUGGUGCAGACUACAAGUGCUGUGCACCAUUGGAUCGGGCUCACUGACCAGGGCACAGAGGGCACCUGGCGCUGGGUGGAUGGGACACCAUUCAACUAUGGCCAGAGCAAAGGGUUUUGGGAGAAAAACCAGCCUGACAACUGGAGACACAGAAACGGAGAGCGUGAAGACUGUGUCCACAUACGGGAGCAGUGGAACGACAUGGCCUGCGGGUCCUCCUACCCCUGGGUGUGCAAGAAGCCCACAGAGUGGUCCGCAGGCAGAUCAGGCCAGAGCUGA